UCAGCUUACAAUGGCCUGGCAGACGCCGACACGGCACUGGCACCGAUAUACAUCUUGCUCCUGACUCUCAUACCAGCGCGUAUUCGAACUAGAGCCGGGCACCGCCAGAUUUGACACGAAGCUGACAAGAUGGCGUCGAGGGAGCCGAUGUGGUACUGUCAUGAGUGCCAUGCUGAAAUGAGGCCAUUGAUGCAACCAGACCCGAUAUGCGCGUCGUGCCAUGGGAGUUUCGUAGAAAGGAUUGAGAAUCCCCAGGACGACCCUAGAGCGUUCACCGCGCCCGGACUGCCUGGUGGGGGUGACGUGCCGGAAUUCGACCAAUUCCUCAUAGGAUUGCAUGAUCUACUGGCUCACCCGCGACCCCGAUCACCUGCGCCACGGCCCUCGUCCCCAGAUACGUCUGCAUCAAGAGCCGGGGGUGGCGUUCGGAUUGAGUUCAGUAGUAGACGGCCGGGAGGUGUGAGCACCUUCAUCAUAGGUGGACCGAACACACUAGGCCGAUCAGGGUCAAGCGAUAGCUUGAAUGGCGGCCCUCCUAUGUUCAUGCGGAGAAACAGUGCUAAUGGUGGGACCAUGGGCGAUGACCCCGACAACGGGAUCGCCGGGAACCUGAUGAUGCAGUACCUCAUAUCAAUGCUGUCACAGAGACCUGGGCAGCCCGGGGGCCGUGAUCCACUCGGUGGGCUGGGUGGGCUCUUUGGGCCGAUGUUUGGCGGUGCGGAGGGCGGGAGAUGGGGUGAUUAUGUGUUCAGUCAGGAAGCAUUGGAUCAGAUCAUGACUCAGUUGAUGGAGAAUUCCAAUGCACAUCGACCUGUUCCCGCGCCCGAAGAUGUCGUCGCCAAGUUGCCGAGGGAGGUUCUACAAGAAGGAUCACCGUUACUCGAGAAGGAUUGUGCCGUGUGCAAAGAGCAGUUCAAGCUCGGUACGGAGGAUCCCGAUGAACAAAUAGUGGUGACACUACCCUGCAAACACCCAUUUCACGAACCCUGCAUCCUCCCCUGGCUGAAAUCCAGCGGGACAUGUCCUGUAUGCCGAUUUGCCCUCGUUCCUCAAAAUAAUGAGAACAGUUCAGGGUCACCACCAGCAGGCGGCUCGCGCGGCCCGGGCAGUCGACCAGGGAGUCCUUCGAAUAACCGACCGAGAUCACCAGGCUCAGGUGGCUCACAAGGCGGUGGCGGUGGCGGUGGCGGGCUCCUCAGCAGUUUGCUGUCGCAUUUGAACCCGCUGCAGCAUAGCAAUAACGGCGGGGGUGGCUCUUCGGGGCCCUCAAGGUCGCGGUCCGAUCCAGAGGGUAAUUCUGGAUCGCAUCUGCCUGGGUCUUGGAGUGAACCUGUGGAUUGAGGUAUAUGUGGCACAUUUGACUGGAUAGGGGGAUGAGAUGCUCCGUCGUAUUCUAAUGUCUUCAUAGAUUCUGUAGCUAUGAGUUUGUUGUAUUUUUCGUUCUGCGGUAUGUUUUACCACACGCGCUUUCGCUUCACUCCUGCAUAGGCAUUCAUAAGGACAUUCAGCUGUUCCGAAAUAAUUGUACAAGUGAGACAGUCUCCCGAUUGGAAUACAUUCAGUACAGUAGGAAACAAAAGGC